GUUUUCUCCGGAAACGGAAGUGCGCAGGUACCAGUGACAGGCACCGUGACAGUCAGGUCCUCCUCGUAGCUCAAGCUCGGAUAUAGUGCGGGUAGCAGUGGGCUUAUUACUAUUCCAGUACAACAGAAAUGGCGGCCGCGGAUCCCCGCUCCUCGAGUGACGGUGGACCCGCCGGCAGAGGAGGAUUCCCGGCCGGAGAGAGCAGCAACGAGCGCGACGGCCCGGGGAGGAGCGGCGGAGAGGGAGAGGGGGAGCGGGAGCCGGACCGGGCCACGUUCGAGUGUAACAUUUGUUUGGACACUGCAAGGGACGCUGUCAUCAGUAUGUGCGGCCACUUGUUCUGCUGGCCAUGUCUACACCAGUGGCUGGAGACACGGCCCAGCAGGCAGCAGUGUCCCGUGUGUAAGGCGGGGAUCAGCCGAGACAAGGUGAUCCCCCUGUAUGGGAGGGGCAACAGCAGCCAGGAGGACCCCAGGUUGAAAAUGCCCCCCAGGCCCCAAGGCCAGAGGACGGAGGCGGAGACCAGAGGAGGGCCCUUCCAGGCAUUCGCGGACACCGGCUUCCACAUGUCCUUCGGCAUCGGCGCGUUCCCCUUUGGCUUCUUCACCACCGUGUUCAACACAAACGACCCCUUCCACCGAGCAGACCAGUACGCGGGCGAUCACCAAGGCAACGGUAACGUCAACAACGGCAACAACAACUGGCAGGACUCCCUCUUCCUGUUCGUCGCCAUCUUCUUCUUCUUCUGGCUUCUCAGCGUGUGACGGACGGACGGACGGACGCGCGGAGGGGAAUUCAAGGAGCACACUCGCACACACGCACAAACAUACACACACGCACACAUCGAAAGGAUUUUUAAAGUUUUUCUUCCGAGGAAAACAAGCUCCCCCAGAACUGUUCCCACUCCUUAGAAGACUUUCGCCCCCCCCACAACUCCCCGUGUCUUUUGCUUAUGAGGUCUGCCUUUUGAAUCGAGCAACAGAAGGUGUGUCCCCUGAAACGUGUGAGGGUCAGGAAUGGGCUGUGAAUCUGGAAUGGAAGGUGGUUGGAGUCUAGAAUCGUGUGUAAAUCUGCAAAUGUGGCGUUAUUCUGGUAUGUUGUGUCCUCCCUCCCUCCCCCCGACACACACACACACACACACACGCGUAGGGUGAUGACGGGUGGCUGUUGGUCGGUACGGGGUCAUGGUUCCGUGCCGCUCUGUGGCGUAAGGCAGUAUUACAUCGUAACAUGAGACAACGUGUGUGUUUUCAUUGGCCGUGGGGUCUGAGGCGCGGUAGAGCCCUGUAGAACGAGGGUUCGCUCGCCCCAGUUUCGGUUUGUCGGUUUUCUUCCGUCUGUUUGAAAGCGUUUCGUACAAAAGGUUGAUUCCUUUUUAAAUAGCAAUGAUUCAGUUAAGUCAAGUAAACAGGGUUGAACUGAGACGAGUCGACUCGUGAUAUAACGCUAAUGUGCAGUUGUUGCCAUGCCAACUUUUUUUGUUUUUUGUUUGUUCCAAAGAGAUCAGAACGUUAAAUUAUUAAAUAGUUUUUUUGAUUAGAGUUUAAAGGUUGUCAAGAGUGUCCAGGUUUUCGGAGGAGUCAUUUUUAUCGUGGAUUUUAACGAUUAAAACGACAAAACAGACCCGAGUGCAGUAGGCCUGGGGACGGACACACACACUUUUUCUAUCUAUAUUUGUCUUAACAAAAAAAAACUGCCAUUGCACUGUGAAGUCGUCGACAGACGGUCAUGUUGUCCCUUGGCGGGGGGGGGGGGGGGGCAGUUUGGAUCGGUCAGAAUGGAAUUAGAAUCUAAUCGAAACACGAAGCGUAACAUCUCGUAGCGGCACUGGGAGUUGUUUCGCCGCCGUUAAGCCGAUGUGUGCGUCGACUGCUCGUAACAGAAUAAUACGUUGUGUGUUUGUGUUUUUUGCGAACCAUAAAAAAAAGUGGCGCAGCAGUGUUAACAUUCACAGAUCUGGGAGCGUAUGCCAGGUGACUAACUAAGACACAGUGCAGGGAACUGAGUGUUCUGGGGUAUAGAGGCACGGAUAGAACACGGUCGGUUCUAUCGCCGCAGACCUUGAUCUCAUGGCGGCCAUGUUGGCUGGUCGGGUGGGUGAACCUUCCAGACUCUUCGGGGCUGCAAUGAUGACUCGAUGGAAACGCGUUUCUUAAUGAUGCCUGCGUUGAGGAAUGGAAUGCCGAACUGAAGCUUAUGUGUCGCAUCUUCUUGGUUCCCCCAACGGUUCUAGUGUUCCCCUCCCAACUCAACAAUGUGGCCGCUCGAUGAAUGCGCAACGUGUUUUUCCUGAUUGUACUAAACUUGUUUUUCCUGAUUGUUUUGUAAGUGUCUGUUCGUCAACGGGUGGACGUGUUAUAUAUAUAUAUAUCUAUAGAUCUAUAGAUGUAUAGAUCUUUAUAUAUAUUAGUAAAUGCCAUUUUUUACGUGUCUCAAUGAACAAAUGCCUUGGGAGAUGUAGAACAGAAACGGAUGUGAUGCUAUGCAGCUGGCAUUCAAAAAGGAAAAACGAUACGCAAAUGGCAGGUUCCACUUACGCUCUACGUCUGCAGAGUGUCUAAUCCCCGCCGUCACCUGGCAAUAUUAAACAUUAAAAACACUUCCCGCUGUAGUAAUCAACUGGCCCAGCGCGGACUAGCGGUGAGCUCCAGCAGCGAGCGUUUUUUUGGAUUCCUACACAUCGGGUGACGCGGACUCUUAAACGGUACGAGGGGCUCGUCCCGGCGGGCAAACUCAUUCACAAGGCGGACGGAGGGGGAAGGACAUUCAGAACGGGGAUGAAUGAUCGGACUGCUUGAAAGACCCCCCAGGUUUCCCCGAGAACACGACAGACCCCCAGAUUCCAGAGCUUUUCGGCUUGAAAGAUAACGUUCUGGCGUCGACACAGUGGACGCCAUCAGCAUUCUAUGUGGCCCGCUACUCUGUGGGUAGGGUCAAAGGUCAGGCCUGUAGCGGGGGGGGGGGGGUUAGACUUGAGGUACCAGGGAUCGUUGUUUUUUUUCUUGGUGUAAAACCACUGUCUGGUCAAGCUGUACAUUUGUAUUCUCCAGCUUUGGAGCAGCGGAGGCGUCAGGGAAUCCCUUCGUGUCUUCUACAUAUUGAGUCGUUGUGCGAAACCAAAUGUUCUGGGAGAGACGUGUGGGGACGACGGGCUCCCAGAGUGUGAAUAAAGUAGAUGUUUAAUACUUUACCUUCGUUGUCUUCUUCCCACGGGCUCACUUUGACACACUAGAUGAAGGCCUUACAUCAUGUCAUUCUAGAAUCCAGUUGGACCUGCUCCGAUUCGACUUGAGAUAACGAGUAUAUAUUAUAUAAAUGCCCUAAAUGUUAAUGUUAUAGAUCACAUCUCGGUGGAUUUAAAUUCUAGUAAAAUAUUCUGAAUGUCUAGAAUCCAGUGAUAUGUAAUUGAUUAAAUCCAUUGAAAUAUUGUAAUUGGCUAAAAUCCUGUGAAAUAUUCUAAUUAUCAAAGGCACUCCUUUAACAAGAAAGUCACUACUCCCAUCUACUGUACCGCGAUAGAGUUGGGGUUAAUCGAGGGUUCAUAAUACGUGUCGAUACGCAAACCUGUGCGCAAUUUCCCUUGAUACAUACCUGUUGCUCUAAAUCCCCAUGGUCGCAGGACUGAACUCAAUACCGAUUAAGGACCAUAUAUGGUCACACAACGGGUAACGUGUGACCGAAUGAUGAAAUGGAAAUAGGACGAUUCAUGUAAUUGAAGAGUUAAUGGGAACAUCGAAAUAAUAAUUUAAUGAAUUUAUCACCUACGCUGUGUCAGAAAGUGUAGGCCUAAUCCAAUCAAUCUAAUCUUGUUACACUCUGCCUUGCUGCCUUGUAAACUAAAAAAAUGGGACAUGGAAGAAAGAGUUGUCUGUAGUGCUGGACUCGAAUCUUUCGUGUGCGUAAACUGAUGACACUAUCAAGGGCUGCAGGCGGCAUAGAUCUUAGCAAGGGCAGGGAAAGGGCCUCUUUAUCUCCCAACUCUUGAUGAAAUUUGCCUUUAGCCAAAACCCUGGCGACUGGGACCAGUGUUGCCAGAUUGGGACCGAUUUCCUGCCCAAUCUGGCAACAUUGGCUUGCCUUGGACACAGGCAAACAAUGGACUUAAACGAACCUAUUUACACAUUUAUUUAGAUUCUAAAGUAGAGAAAUAUAUACAAGGAUACAAAGGA